AUACACGCAGAACAAGGCCAACCAAGAGCAGCCACAUCAGAGGGAGAGUGCAAAUUGAGGGAAAGGAAAUUCCAUUCUUCUCUCUUUCAAAAUUUUUACGACUAGUAUAGUUUAUUGGUUCUGAGGGAGCUGCUGGUCUCUGAGCCUCUCUGUCCGUUUAUCUGUCAAUGGCUUUGCUGGUUGGUGCAUCAGCUUUGAAGCUCCUUCUCUCUUUACUUCUAUGCCUCAACACUCUCACUUCCUCCUGCCAAGGGAAGGAUCAGAGAACAUGGGAGAGUCGAUACCCGUUCAUCAAACGUGCGAGUUCGUUUUCUUCGUCAGAAUCGGUGACACCGGGGCCGGAAGGCGGGGAUGGCGAAGGAUACGACUACAUAAUAGUGGGAGGUGGGACGGCAGGGUGUCCCUUGGCGGCCACGCUAUCUCAGAAUUAUAGCGUGCUGCUGCUGGAAAGAGGGGGAGCUCCCUUUGGGAACGUCAAUGUGUCCUUCAUGCAGAACUUCCACAUCUCCUUAGCCGACACUUCAUCAUCCUCCGCUUCCCAAUUCUUCGUUUCCACCGAUGGGGUAUUGAAUUCCAGGGCUAGAGUUCUUGGUGGGGGCACUUGCAUCAAUGCUGGCUUCUACACCAGGGCCAGCUCAAGUUACAUCAGGGAAGUAGGUUGGGAUGAAAAACUGGUGAAUGAGUCCUACCCCUGGGUUGAAAAACAAGUUGUUCACAAGCCAGACCUUGCACCUUGGCAGCAGGCAUUAAGGGACAGUCUCCUAGAAGUUGGUAUAUCCCCGUUUAAUGGCUUCACCUAUGAUCAUUUAUAUGGAACCAAGGUUGGUGGUACCAUCUUCGACAGAUUCGGCCGCCGUCACACAGCUGCCGAGCUACUUGCCUCUGCCAACCCUGAAAAGCUCAGUGUAUUGAUACAUGCAACUGUUCAGAAAAUUGUCUUUGACACAAGGGGGAAAAGGCCUAGGGCCACCGGAGUCAUCUUCAAAGAUGAAAAGGGUAUCCAACAUCGAGCAUUCCUAUCAAGGGAUACGAGGAGUGAAAUUAUAUUGUCCAGUGGAGCGAUUGGGAGCCCUCAACUCCUGCUUCUUAGUGGGAUCGGACCAAAAGCAGACCUUAAGAAAUUUAACAUACCUACGGUGCUUAACAAUCCAUUUGUAGGGAAAGGGAUGGCUGAUAACCCCCUCAACACAAUCUUCAUUCCCACCAAUGGCCCUGUUCAACAGUCGCUUAUACAGACUGUUGGAAUUACCAAGAUGGGAGUGUACAUUGAAGCCAGCAGUGGAUUUGGACAGUCCACGGACAGCAUUCAGUGCCAUCAUGGAAUCCUUUCAGCUGAGCUUGGGCAGCUUUCUACAAUUCCACCCAAACUAAGAACACAAGAGGCAAUUCAAGCAUACAGAAAAAGAAAAAGAGACCUUCCACAUGAAGUCUUCAAGGGAGGUUUCAUUUUAGAAAAGAUUGCCAGGCCUUUGUCAACAGGCAAAAUUACCCUGAUCAACACCAAUGUUGACGACAACCCCUCCAUCACCUUCAACUACUUCAGCCAUCCUCGUGAUUUACAGAAAUGUGUCAAUGGUAUACGCAUUAUGGAGAAGAUUGUAAACUCAAACCGUUUCACCAAUAUCUCACAGUGCAAGAAAGAAACGAUUGAGAAGGUGCUCAAUAUGAGCGUGCAGGCCAAUGUUAACCUCAUACCAAAGCAAACAAAUGACACCAAGUUCUUGGAGCAGUUCUGUAAAGACACUGUAGUCACAAUUUGGCACUACCAUGGUGGAUGUCACGUCGGCAAGGUGGUAGGUCCUGAUUAUAAGGUCCUCGGUGUCCAAAGGCUCCGUGUCGUGGAUGGUUCAAUAUUCAGAGAUUCUCCAGGCACUAAUCCUCAAGCCACAGUGAUGAUGAUGGGAAGAUACAUGGGAGUGAAGAUAUUAAGAAAAAGAUUAGGAAGAGCGGCAGGCAUUUAGACUUCUGCACUGUAAUCCAUUGAAGAGAUCAAUGAACAUUGUUUGUCCACAACGUAAUUUUUGUGACUUGUAUUUGCUGGUUGGUGUUAUAUAGAUAGAACGGCAAUGGUUGCUUCCAUUCAAUUCAAUCCAUUGUAUGUAUUCAGAAGAAGUUUGUGUCAUCCUGUCCGUCAACCUUCAGUUGGUUACUUAAGCUUGUUGCCGACUGUUGUUUCAUUUCUUGCUUGUUGGCAGUGUACAAUAUAAAGUAUUUCAAGUUAAAAGCUUCAUGGUUUUGUGAA